AACCACCGUUCCACCAAAGAAGAAGAACAACACCAGUGUUGUCUUCCUCCCCCUGAAUUCACGUGGAAGAACCGCAGCGUGAUUCUGCUUUUGCGGACAGGAACACGAAUAAAGGCAGAAAAUGACGCAGUUAGACGGUAUAAUAAAACCCAAGACAAAGCGCGCCAAGCGCUUCUUGGAGAGCAGAGCGCCCAAGCUGACGGAGGAUGUGAAGACUGCCAUGAUUAUGAAAGGGGGGAACACCAGUCAAACCAUCACCCAGGCCCUCAAGGACAUAUAUGCCCUAAAGAAGCCCAAUGCUGUGCUGUACAAGAAGAAGAACAUAACACGGCCCUUUGAGGACUCAACAUCACUGGAAUUUUUCUCCAAGAAGACAGACUGCUCUCUGUUUCUGUUUGGAUCCCACAACAAGAAACGGCCCAACAACCUUAUAUUUGGUCGUCUGUUUGACUUUCACGUGCUUGAUAUGAUUGAACUUGGAGUCGAGAAGUACGUCUCUCUGAGUGAGAUCAAGACCAGCAAAUGUCCUGAGGGGACCAAACCGAUGCUUGUGUUCGCAGGAGAGGCUUUUGAUACAGACAAUGAACACAGACGUCUGAAGAGCCUGCUCAUAGACUUCUUCAGAGGUCCCACUGUGUCUGCGGUGCGUCUGGCAGGUUUAGAACAUGUUCUGCACUUUACUGCCUUGGAUGGGAAAAUCUACAUGCGCAGCUACAGGUGUCUGUUGAAGAAGUCCGGAUGCCGGACACCGCGGAUAGAGCUUGAGGAGAUCGGACCAUCAUUUGACUUGGUUUUAAGAAGAACACACCUGGCUUCAGAUGACUUGUACAAGUUAGCUCACAGACAGCCCAAGGCUCUGAAGCCCAAGAAGAAGAAGAACAUUUCCCAUAAUGCCUUUGGUACCAAGUUCGGCCGGGUGCACAUGCAGAAGCAGGAUCUGUCCAAGCUGCACACACGUAAGAUGAAGGGCCUGAGGAAGAGGAAGGGAGAGGCGGCCGCUGGAGACCAGGACGGACAGGCACCCAAAGUGGCCAAAGUAGAGAGCUGAGGUCACUUUCACCACCUGUGCACACAGAUUCAUGUUCAGUACCUGUCAGUGUUUAUCACAUUGUUAUUGUGGACACCUUGUUUUUAAGACUGGUCAUGUGCUAAUCAUUGGCAGCUUUUACAGCCAUGCCAAGUAUGUGAGCAGCCACUAAGCAAAGAGGAUGCAGCUCUAUUAUUCCUGCCCUUAUUGUGUUUCUAUCCCCUGUGCCAUGUGACUUUCAGAUGGUUCUUUAUCUUAAGAAUCAUGAAUGUGUUCACGGGCAUCCGAAAAGUCCAUCAAAUGCUAUCUAUUGGUAGUUCAGUGGUUUCUUCUAUAAGUGUAUAAAAAUGGGAUUUCUCUGGCAGCACUCACUUUAAAGGAAAUAAAACCAUCUGUAAACUGUGUUGGGCUUUUAAAUCUUUAAUUAAAAAAUGUAUUCCUGUGUUCACUGUA